AUGAACAUGCUGCACGCCCAAGAGAGCAACGGCGACUGUCUGAAGCUGUACUGUCAGAUCAAGCGGAGAGUCGAGCCUUACGACGUUUCGAUUAUGGACGAGUAUAAAAAGCUGCUGCGAGUGACCGACGAUCAGAGCGAGGUCCACUAUCAUUGGGCGAGACUGCAUGACAGUAUGGUGACUUCGCAGAUGGCCAAAGAGUCGUUCGAUCUUCAAGAAGCGGUCCGGCACUACUGUCUCUGUCUGCAGACGUCCGAUCGGUUCCUCUAUCACUCCAUCAUCCGUCUCACCACGCUCUGGUUCAAAGCCAUGCAAUCGCUCAGCGAGGACUUGUUGGCCGUGGUCCCCGAGAUCGAAUCGAUCAAGCCCUACCAAUGGUAUAUCGUGUUCCAGCAACUCCUGACCGUGGCUUGCCAUCCCAACGAUAAACUGAAAGUGCAGGUGGCGCGAAUCGUCUCUGGGGUCUUUCAGAAAUACCCAAAGCAGGUGGUGUGGCAGAUUCUCGCGAUGUUAAACGUGAAAUCCGGACCGAAGCGAGAGUUCAUGAUGUCUGUGAGGGAGUGA